AAUUGAAGAAUAAAAGUCAAACAAGACUAAAGUGUGCUAGUUUAAAAUAGUUUAAUUAGAUCUCAAAUCCUUAAAUUAAAUACUUUAAAGUGAUUAAAAACGUUAAUUAAUAAUCGAAAACAUUGAAUAAAGAAAAAGAUGGCUACAAAAGCUCCAGCAGUCGGUAUCGAUUUAGGAACAACCUAUUCAUGUGUCGGAGUUUUCCAACAUGGAAAAGUUGAAAUUAUUGCCAAUGAUCAAGGUAAUCGUACAACUCCAUCGUAUGUCGCAUUCACCGACACUGAAAGAUUAAUUGGUGAUGCUGCCAAGAAUCAAGUUGCUAUGAAUCCAACAAACACCAUUUUUGAUGCCAAGCGUUUGAUUGGACGCAAAUUCGAUGACCCAGCAGUUCAAUCUGACAUGAAGCAUUGGCCAUUCGAAGUUAUUAGUGCCGAAGGAAAACCAAAAAUCCAAGUUAUGUACAAGGAUGAAGCCAAGAACUUUUUCCCAGAAGAAAUUAGCUCAAUGGUUUUGACAAAGAUGAAGGAAACAGCUGAAGCAUAUUUGGGCAAGACUGUCACUAAUGCUGUAAUUACGGUUCCCGCCUAUUUCAAUGAUUCACAACGUCAAGCUACAAAAGAUUCAGGAACUAUCUCUGGAUUAAAUGUUUUACGUAUUAUUAAUGAACCAACUGCAGCCGCUAUUGCUUAUGGAUUAGAUAAGAAAGCUGUAGGAGAACGUAAUGUUUUGAUUUUCGAUCUUGGUGGUGGAACUUUCGAUGUUUCCAUUUUGUCAAUUGAUGAUGGAAUCUUUGAAGUAAAAUCAACCGCUGGAGAUACUCAUUUAGGUGGUGAAGAUUUCGAUAAUCGUUUGGUUAAUCAUUUCGCUCAAGAAUUCAAGCGUAAGCAUAAGAAGGAUUUAACAUCAAAUAAGAGAGCACUUCGUCGUUUGAGAACAGCAUGCGAACGUGCAAAGAGAACUCUUUCAUCAUCAACUCAAGCUAGUAUUGAGAUCGACUCUUUAUUCGAAGGUAUUGACUAUUAUACUUCAAUUACACGAGCUCGUUUCGAGGAAUUGAAUGCUGAUCUAUUCCGUUCGACAAUGGAACCAGUCGAAAAGGCAAUUCGUGAUGCAAAAAUGGACAAAGCAGCAAUUCAUGAUAUUGUUCUUGUUGGUGGAUCAACACGUAUUCCAAAGGUCCAAAAACUUUUGCAAGAUUUUUUCAACGGAAAGGAAUUAAAUAAAUCUAUUAAUCCUGAUGAAGCUGUCGCUUAUGGUGCCGCUGUCCAAGCCGCAAUUUUGCAUGGUGACAAGUCCGAAGAAGUACAAGACUUGCUUUUAUUGGAUGUAACACCAUUAUCUUUAGGUAUUGAAACUGCUGGAGGUGUUAUGAGCGUUCUUAUCAAGAGAAAUACAACAAUUCCAACCAAGCAAACUCAAACUUUCACAACAUAUUCUGACAAUCAACCAGGAGUUUUGAUUCAAGUCUUUGAAGGUGAAAGAGCUAUGACUAAGGACAAUAACUUGCUUGGAAAGUUCGAAUUAGCUGGAAUUCCCCCAGCACCAAGAGGAGUUCCUCAAAUUGAAGUUACAUUCGAUAUUGAUGCUAAUGGAAUUUUGAAUGUCACAGCUUUGGAAAAAUCAACAAACAAGGAAAAUAAGAUCACAAUUACAAACGAUAAGGGACGUUUGAGCAAGGAAGACAUUGAACGUAUGGUCAAUGAAGCUGAAAAGUAUCGUAAUGAGGAUGAUCUCCAAAAGGACAGAAUUGCUGCAAAGAAUGGCUUAGAAUCAUACUGCUUUAACAUGAAAUCAACAAUGGAAGAUGAAAAGUUAAAGGAUAAGAUCUCAGAAACUGACAAGAAAGUUAUCUUGGAUAAAUGUAAUGAUACCAUUAAGUGGCUUGAUGCUAAUCAAUUGGGCGAAAAGGAAGAAUAUGAACAUCGUCAAAAGGAAUUGGAAGGAAUUUGCAGUCCAAUUAUCACCAAAUUAUAUCAAUCAGCUGGUGGUGCAGCAAAUAUGCCAAACUUCCCAGGAGCAACUCCAAAUCCUUCAGGAGCAGCUCCAACCGCUGGAUCAGGUUCAGGCCCAACUAUUGAAGAAGUCGAUUAAAUAUUCAAUUUGCGGAACCAAAUAGCUUGUUUUUGCCAACUUGAUACGCUUCCCAUCAUUUAUUUUCUUUCAAAUUUUCACUUGAACUUACUUAAAGCUUGAAGUAAUAACCACCCAAAAAAAAUAUAAUUAAUAAUAUUCAGUAUUUUUAUUCUCCUUUUUCGUACAACAUUUAUAUUUUUAACUUAAAUUUCAUUCCGAAUCUUUGAAGUAAAAUAAAAGUAGAAAUUGACACAUGGUAUGAGUAUAAUUUAAAAAUAAACAGCAAGAACUGGAAGCAACAAAUAAAAACAUUUCAAGUUGAUU